AUGUCGUCCUUUGAACAAAGCAACAAUGACUUCUUCAACAGUCCUUUGGUUUCUCCACCGAAGCAAUCGACUCGACUGACUCAGCCAAGAGCUGCAAACAAGCCAAUUGCUAGUGCAACAACAACAAAGACAACGAAUGCCGCAAGACUGGCCAAGAGAACUGCCACUACGGCUCGAAGAGCUCCUCCACCGCCACCAAACAAGGCAGUUGUCUCUGGCAGCAGUACUUCUAGUAGUGUCCCUAGCGCAGCAGCAGCAACAACAGCAGCAACAACAGCAGCAACAACAGCAGCAGCAUCGUCCGCUUCCACCAACAAUAAGGCAAUGAAUACGAAAAAGCCAGCUCGAAGACGACCCAAUCGACUUCCUGCACCUUCGGCUCAAACCUUGCAGCCCUCUGGUGGUAUGAAUGCUUCUGCUACUGGGACUGCCAAUAAUAAUACGGGAAUGGGAGGAAGUGGUUUCUAUAACUAUUCUUCUUCGUCUGCUACAACUACUACUAGGACGCCGUCACCAGGGUUGGUAGCUUCUACUACGGGUAGAAGUAGUACACCUGAAGCAGGAGACAAUCAAUGGGAUUCUUGGGCGUCGCCUGCCCCUGCUGUUAGUACUACUAAUAUGAAUCAGCAGCAGCAACAACAACAACAACAUCAACACCAGCCUCAAGUCAAUCAAUGGCAAGCGACUCAACCACAAGCUGCUACUGCUGGCAUUAGUAAUUCCAAUGAUUGGUAUUCGGGUGGUGCUACCAUGGAUCCAAUAAAUCCGAUUGCGGCUGCUCCGGCCUUUAAUCAAUGGCAGCAGCAACCACAAACCAUGCAAGGUACUAUGGACAAUGCCGGUAGUAUUGCAGCUCCAAUGCAAGCAGCAGCAGCAGCAGCAGUCCCUCAAGCCAGCAUGUUUCAACCCACUGCCUUUUUCAACAAUACUAAUUCUACUGCUGCCGCAAGUACUAACAACAACGACAAUACCAUGAUUACCGAUGCCGAAGAUGAUUUUGAAAAUGAAGCUCCCUUGCUCGAAGAAUUGGGAAUUCAUUUUGAUCACAUUCUGCUCAAGACCAAGACGGUCUGUUGGCCGUUCAAACGGACGGCUAGUCUACAACAUUCUACCACCAACGAAAUGGUCGAUGCCGUGGUCCAAGAUGCCGAUUUGAUUGGACCCAUUUGUUACUGUUUGGCGCUGGGUGGUGAAAUGGUCCUUACUGGCAAAUUGCAAUUUGGAUACAUUUAUGGAUUUGGCUUGUUUGGCUGUGUGGCCAUGACCCUCAUUGUCAAUUUGACAGCCCCCAAGGAUGCAGUUUCCUUUUGGGUCGUUUCUUCCGUAUUGGGAUACGCAUUGAUUCCCGUCAAUAUUUUGGCAUUGGUCAAGAUUGUCAUUAUCAAUUUGGCAUCCCUGCAAAAAUUGGGACAAUUCUUGGGAUUGAUUACGGUCUUGUGGUCCACAACCGCUUCGACGCGACUCUUGGAGAUUGGAUGUGGUCUAAGGGAACAACGAUACCUCAUUGCCUAUCCGAUUGCACUCUUGUAUUCGGCAUUUGUCCUCAUUACAAUAUUCUAG